AUGUCCACCCCCCAAACCCAAAUCGCAGCUCAACUCCAGAGCACAAAAUCCCUAUCCGUCUCCCCCUCCUGGCUCGACACCUUCAUCGCCUCCUCCUCCGCCUCCCUCCAACGCAACGUCCCCAUAUCCGCCCUCACCCAAACAGCCCUCUUCCGCGUCCUCUCCUCCGACUUCCGCGACACCCUCACAACCAUAAACCCCGCCUCCGUCGUCCCCGUGGAUAUCUUCGAUCCGACAGUGAAAGAGAGACGGCUGGCAGGGCCGAUUCCGGUGCAGGUGCUUGAUAUUGAGGAUAUUGGGUCGAGUUUGUGGAGUCAGGUUGAGGCGAUUGAGCGCGUGGAGCGCGGGGAGGCGAUAAGGGGGAGGGAGAUUGUUAGAACGGUGAAUGUGGGGGAGGAUCGUGAGGAUCGGGCGAGCAAUAACGGCAGCAACAGUAAUAAUAAUGCUGGGGCGAACAGUGGCAGCAAUGGGCCUUAUCGGUUGGUUCUGCAGGAUGCGGCGGGGACUAGGACUGUGGGGAUUGAGUUGAGGCGUAUCAGUGAUAUUUCGAUUGGGAAGCUUCCGAUUGGGGCGAAGUUAAUAUUGCGGAAUGCUACGGUUGCUCGGGGUCUGGUGUGGCUGACUCCAGACUGUGCUACUGUAUUGGGAGGGAAGAUUGAGUCGAUGGACCGGGCGUGGAAAGAGGGUCGGAAGACAAGGUUGAUGGCGAGAAUCGAUGAGAUGGCACAAGAGGAGAGACAGACGACCAGAGGCAGAGGUGGAGAUGCAAUGGAAGAAUGA